AUGGCUGUUAAGAAGAAGUGGUCCAAGGGCAAGGUCAAGGACAAGGCCCAGCACGCCGUCGUUUUCGAGAAGGCCGUCUUCGAGAAGCUCCAGAAGGAUGUCCAGACCUAUCGCCUGAUCACCGUCGCCACCCUUGUCGAUCGUCUCAAGAUCAACGGCAGCCUUGCCCGCAAGGCUCUCAACGACCUUGAGGCCGAGGGUCAGAUCAAGAAGGUCGUCAGCCACUCCAAGCUGAACAUCUACAGUACGUUUCCCAUUCCGCAGUCAACUCAUCCUCAUCUAUCGUUUCCUCUCGCCACCAUCAAUACUAAUCGAGUUCUUUUAUUUUUAGCCCGUGCCGUCGCCGCUGAGUAA